UGACGCGCCUCGCGCGCGGCCUGCGUGCCACCCCUCCCACACACACGCCACCCCACCCCACCCUCCGGGCAGCAUGUGGGGAGCGAACCUGGGGUGGGCGGCCGAUGCGAUCGACGGCCCCGCCGUGUCCUUGAGCUCUAAUGGGAUCAGCUCUGGAGGGGGUCGGUAAAGGGGGUGACUGCAACGGUGGUCCCCUGCAGCACGAAGGGGGAAAUGCUUCAAAGAACAUCAGAAGAUCUUUUUCCAAAGAUGGAAAGUUCAGUUGAAGAAAUGGAUACCUCUGAUACCCAAUGGGGCUGGUUUUAUUUGGCUGAGUGUGGUAAAUGGCAUAUGUUUCAGACUGAUUCAAACAGUCAUUGCUCUGUUAGCAGUGAAGAUAUUGAAAGAAGCUUCCGAACAAACCCACAUGGUUCUGUUUCUUUUACUACUGCCAAAUUUAACUACACGCUAGACUUUUCAGUGAUGAAACAAACCAACCUAACUACCCUUAAGCAACGUCCAAUAAAGCGAGCUCCCUUUUCUAUCAGUGCUUUCAGUUUCAUCUGUGAAAAUGAGGCUAUCCCUAUGCCUUCACACUGGGAGAAUGUAAAUACCGAGGAGCCGUAUCAGCUUAUUCCAUUGCAAAAGAAAACAAAUGAAUAUAAUGAAGUUUCUAGUCUCUUUGGAAAAACAAUGGAUAGCAACCGAAUUAAAAGAAUUAAGAGAAUACAAAAUCUAGACUUGUGGGAGUUUUUUUGCAGGAAAAAAGCUCAACUAAAGAAGAAAAGAGGUGUCCCCACUAUUAAUGAGCAAAUGUUAUUUCAUGGCACCAGUAAUGAAUUUGUAGAAGCAAUAUGUAUUCAUAACUUUGACUGGAGAAUAAAUGGGAUGCAUGCUGCUGUAUAUGGAAAAGGGACCUAUUUUGCAAGAGAUGCAUCAUAUUCCAGUCGUUUCUGCAAAGAGGACAUGAAGCAUGGAGAUACUUUUCAAAUUCAUGGUGUCAAUCUGCAGCCCCAUCUGCAUAGACCAGAUAAAGUCAUGUUUCUUGCUCGUGUAUUAACCGGUGACUAUAUCAAUGGUGAUGCGAAAUACAUGAGGCCUCCUUCAAAAGAUGGAAGCUUUGUGAACUUGUAUGACAGCUGUGUGGAUAAUACCUGGAACCCAAAGAUCUUUGUUAUCUUUGAUGCCAACCAAAUCUACCCUGAGUACUUAAUAGAAUUUUCUUAAGUUUAAAAGGAGCUGAACUGAAUAUUGUUUGUGUCUUUUUGAUACUUUUGUUCCUUUUGUAAAGACAAUAUAAAAACGUGAAGUGUGAAAGGAGAGAAGUGAAAGAAAAGCUAGCAUAUAAACAUAUGGAGGAAGGAAGCUUUUAAACACUUGAGAGAUUGUCAAACUUUUAAAAAGUCUGUCAACUUUACUAAUGCAUUUUUCAAAUGUAGAGACGUACAAAUUUGAAAUUGCUUAGUGAGCCUUAAAUAUGUUGGGCAUUGGUAAGUUUUCAAAGGCAAGAUUUAUGUUCUGAUUUUUUUAAUAUAUUACAAGUAUUUAUUCAUGUGGUAGAAAUAUGCCUGUAAUAUAGUAUGCAUAUGAUGAAACUAAUUUUUUAUGAGGAUUGUCUCUAAAGCAUAAAAAUAACAAAAACAACAGCAAAAAGAAACACCCAGAGGACUUGGCUAUGUAUGUGUGUAUGUCUGUGUUGUAUGGUGCAUGUUGCUUUGUGUUCAGAGGUCUCUUAGUUUGGAUUCUAAACCUAUCAAAAAAAUCCAUCUGGAGAAAACUGAUGAAGGAGCUGUAAAGCUCACCAGAGCUGUUAUGUUUACCUUUAGGUACAUUUUAGUGUAAGUUGCAAUUACAUACUUGCAAAGCUUUAAUCAUAUACUUCAAGAUUACAAAACCCUUGCACUAGGAGUUAGUUUUGACAGAAAUGAUGCCCAUAAACUUUUGUGGUUGUUAAUCAUUUGGUAUGUAACUGUUGAGCUCAAUGUUGGGAUAUCAGCAGUGCCAUACACCUUUCUGAGUUCUUACUCUAUAGAAUUUUUCCCCUCUUGUUAUAGUAUGCAUGUGCAUGCAUUUACAUUCAUGCAGCUGUGCUGCUGUGAUUCUUGCCUGGUCAGGGUUUAAGAACCAGUGCUUGUGUACUUGGAAACACUGGGAAUAAUACAGUUAAACUAAAGAUAAAAACAUCAAAGUUAAUCAGCUUUAAUUUUUAAACCCUUUAGUAGAAAGCUUUCAAUAACACUUGUGCAGAUCAGGUUUUCAUAAUUGGUAUAGUUGCAAAGUUAAAGAGUAUUUUUUACAUGUAGAAAGAGCAAAGGAGACAGUAUUUGGGUAAAGAACAAACUUGAGUACCCAAAUAUGUGAGAGCCUGAAGAAAGGGCUGUUACAGUGAAAUGCACUGAAAUGUUAGACAAUUUGCUACAAAAUCACAUCCCUAGUGUUUUUGUUAAAGGACCUGAGGAGCAUUAAGGGACUGUAAUACAAGGUCUAAUUGGAAGCCUUCCAGGCUUCUUUGGCUAUGGCCAGUAUCAAAUCCUUAUAGAAAUAGUUUAUAAUACGGUGGAUAUAGAAUGAUCUGUAUUGGUCUGUCAUGGACUUGUUAAUGGACUUUUUGGAUCAAAGGCUAUGUUUAAAAUUUAUUGUAUUUUAAAGGCACUGCAUCUGGCAUGACCAAGUCUGUUCAAAAUCACAUUAAACCUAUGGAACUGGAAGCAGAAUAUGACUACAUAUCUGGCAUCAUAACUGAAGACGCAAACAUCUCUUGCUUCUCCUUAGUGUUGUUAUCUUUGCCUGUCAGUGGAUCUUGCACAAGUUGGAUGUCUGUUUGUAGUUAUAAUUUCAUCGCAGCUUUUCCUUUUGCUUCUGUUCCUAAACCGUACAGGGCUAAGGUGCGUUUUACUUUAGUGCAACAGGAAGUAUGUUCUCUGAUCCCAUGUUCUCUGUUGUAGGCAUGAUUUAUGUUUGAUUCACUACUAUGCUAGCUGUGCAAAAGGCAUGUUGUUCCCCACAUGGUAUAAAAUAUUUAAUAGUAAAUCAUGCAGGGAAUUUGUGUAUUACUGACUCCUUUUUAUUCUGUAUUCUACAGAACAUACAUUUUAUGAAUCUAACAGAUUGAUGUGCCGUUGUUCCUUUGAUUUGGUCUUUUAUUUCUUCUGAACUGACCUUUUUAGUUAAGAAAACUGAAGGGUUUUUUAGUGUCUCAUGGACACAAAAUACCAUAAUCUAUACUGAUCUUAGUGACUUUUCCAAUUGUUUGUGUGAUGGUGUCUUAUUUACUAUUUAAGUCACUUGAAUGCUGGAAUCUUAAUCUUACCAAAUCACUGUGGA